GUCUUUCAAGGAAUCCACGGACUUCGAACAGUGGUGAAGAUGGCAUCUGCCGGCGUGUUCUUCCUGGUGUCAGCCGUGCUGUGCGCGGCAGUUGUAGCCGAAGAGCCCGAACCCCGCGGAACCUACCCUGCGCUUGGUACCGGGUGGCAGCAGCAGCCCCAGUACCCGGUCCGAUACCCCUAUCCGCACCCUUGCACGUACAGGUGUUCGCUGCGACUCUGCGACCUGUAUCAGUGCCACUACAAGUGCGUCCGUGGAGCCACCUGCCCGACCCUGGGUGGUGGCCUGGACGCCCGCAAGGGCGCCGGCGAGAUCACUGUCACCAAGCCGCUCAGCGAGAAAGUGGACGCCUUCGACUACGUGCCAAAAUGAAUAUCCCAAUAAAAGAGCACCAGUGCCC